AUGACAUUUGAUUUCUGUAGAAUCUGUAAAAGGAAUAAUUCUGAAGGUAAAAAACAUUUAUAUACAAAAUUACAUCAAGGGAAUUUACUCAAUAUAUUAAACAAAGAAAUUACGAAAUAUAAAAAGUACAGGAUUUUUUUAAAAGACAUUACUAUUGUUUAUGAUGUUAACAAGCAACCUGAUUUUUGGUGUUUUUUUUGUGAAGUGAACGUAGAAAUAACUUUUAAAAAUGUUGACGAAAAACAAAUUAUUUGUGAACACAUAUUUGAACAUAUAGUAACAAAAAAUCAUCAUGAUAAUGUUAUCAAGUAUUUUAAAGAUCAAAAAGCAGAUUGUAAAUUAAUUAAUAAUUUUAUACUGAAAAAAGAUGAAAUUGACAAGUUUCGAAGGAGAUCAAAAGAGUUACAAAAGAAAAAUCAGUUAAAAAAGGAAGAAAGGGAAUUAAAAUCCAAUGUAAAUCAAGAAUCCAAUAAUAUUAGCAUUUCUAUUUUGGAUAAAAAUGAUAAAAUGGAAAUAAAAUUUGAAAAUUUUAAUAAUAAUAAUUCAACAGUUAAACCAAUAAUUAAUAACAAAUUAAAUAUUAAUGAAGAAAAAAAAAAAAAGAGAGAUCAAUUAACACGUAUAAAAGUCCCGCCUCUUAAACCUGGUGAAGGAAAUGUGUUUGAAGAAGGAUCUGUCCCACCUUGGUUACAAGAUGAUGAUGAUAUGAAGUUUAGUGGUAACACAAAUAAAACUGAAAUAGGACCAUCAUUAGAUGCAUUCUUAGCAGCCAAAAAGCUUGAAAAGAAGAAAAAACUAAAUCCAAAUAGAGUUGGUGCUAAUUUUGAUAGAGAAAGUGCUGUGGGGAAGGAUUGGGUGCCAAAUUUCGGUAGAGUUUGGAAUAAUGGUACUAGAAAUCGAUCUCAAAAGCAAUAUAAAAAAGAAAUGAAAUCUAUUGAAAAAACAGGAAAGAAACAAAAAUAA